AAUGAAGUAAUAGCUAGUAUGAGUAUCCAAAUCCGUUCCUUUCCACCGAAUGCAAGGUCUGCGAAAGAAUAUCAGGAUUUAGGACUCGGAGGAGAAGACCGCUGACCGCCACUUCCUCAUCGUCUUCACACCUUUGUUUUCUAUUGCUAGGAUUCAGUUCAAUUCAACUGACUGGAAUCUGAAAAUCCAUGAGUGGGCAUCAUCACCACCAUCAUCAUCCACCUCCACCUCAUCAUCAUCAUCCACCUCCACCUCCAGGGCAUCGAUCACCACAUCCACCGGGCCCGGGGCAUCCGCCUAUUGGUCUCCCACCGCCACCACCAGCACAUCGCCAUCAGCAUCCUCCACCUCCUCACGGUUAUCAAGGUUACUUCAUCCCUCCACCUACAUACCCCCACCGCCAUGAAUAUUAUUAUGAUUCUGGACCUGGUUGCUCUUCUGUGCUAAGGGGCUGCAUUUUCGACUAUUGGUUGCUGACUUGGAAAAGGUAAUCUGAUUGAAAAGGCACACCAGAUCUAACAAAAUAAUAGGGAAACAAAAAAACACCUUUGAGGUGCCAAUUUUUGUAUUUUCACAGGUAAAUUGGUCGUUGAUCUCAACUGGACAUAUAAAAUUGAAUUGAACUUGAUCUUGUUCUUGAAUAUGAUUAUUUCCCAUUGCAAUUAGAGAAAAUACACAAGAUUUUGUAAUUUACAAGACAUACCUUCUCUACAUUUUCUUCUAAUAUAUGUACACAACUAGGAUUCCAGUUAGCAAUUGGGUUUAGAUAAACAGGUUGAAAACUUCCCAAACUAACCCAACAGUUAGAUAAUGGGUCGACUCUUGACUCAUUUAUUUUUAUUUUCCAUUCCAACUUGUUAGAUAAACACGUUAGACCUGGUUUGACCCAAUUUAUUUUCAAAGUUUACAUAUUAUACAAAAAUUGAUUAGACUAUAAUAUAUAAUAGGUUACCCAAAUAGUUGUUCAUGACUUCAAGGUUAAAGAUACACAACUACAAUCACAAAUCAUUUGUUCAAACAACAUUCUAAAUAACAUGCAAAUUACAAAAUUACAAAGUUGUGAAUAAGUCUUGAAUUGGAAGUCAAAACUAAAAGCCGAAACUAGAAAUCAGAAUUAAACUAGUUUCAAAAUAGAAGUAACUUAUUAAUUGAAGCUGAAGUAUUGUAUAGAUGGAGGUAGAAGGUUUUUUAACCAAUGGAGACUCCGGGAAAGCUGAGGGUUUAGGAAUUUUGGUUAUAUUAUAAGAAACUAAAAUUUAAUAUUGUAUAAAAUAUAAAUAAAAUAGAAGUAUUUAUUUAAACGGGUUGGAGGAUCAAAUUAUUAAGAGUAAGUUACUGAAAUCGUCUUUAUGGUUUGGUCAAAAUUACACGUUUGGUCUCUAACUUCUUUUUUGCAUUCGGAUCGCCCCUAUGAUUUGAUUUUGUUGCGUUUUUCAUCCCUAUGGUUUGGUCAAAAUUGCACGUUUGGUCUCUAACUUUAUGUAUGUAAGGGACGAAAAGCGCAAUAAAAUCAAACCACAAAAACGAUUCGAGUGCAAAAAAAAAAAGUUAGAGACCAAACAUGUAAUUUUAACCAAACCAUAGGGACGAUUGCAGUAAUUUACUCGAUUAUUAAUUCACUCAAAGCCAGCCUAUUUAACGGUGGAUCAAAUUAUUAAUUUACUCUGGUUGAUGAGCUAUUUUAACUGGCCUAUUCUAGGUAAGAUAAUUAAAUGCGAAUAAAUAGACAUAAUAAUCUAAUUAUAUACAUGGCUACAAUAGUAGAAAAAUUCCCAAUAUUCUACCCAUGACAUUCACAUAAUAUGUUGAGCAAUUUACUCUUGACUUACACAUGUUCCAUUUUCUUCUGCAUUUGAAUUUGGAUUUCAACUCUCUAGAAUAAAAAGAAAAGCAAAUGUACACUAAUAUCUAAGAUGUCUAAAAUCAAGUGUAUAGUUUACUGUUUGAAAUGAAUUUGAGGAAUUUAGUAAAUUCUAUUUAAAACUAAUAACAUGAAGGUCUAACAUGAAUAUCACAUUUUUUGCUAAAAUAAGACCGAAUUGU